AGUUAGGAACCAGCUCCUGUUAAGAGACGGGUCCUUGAGGUCUUGAAGAGGACUCUGCGCACUCCAUGGGACACCCACUAAGACCUCCGUACUCCGGGUGCGUGUGGAAUCUCUGUACCCAGUUGGGUGGUACCUCGGGGGCCAGAAGGUGCCACAUGGGGUAUUUAGAAGGACGUGAAGCUGUGGUUCUCCUCAAACAGACAGAACAUGUCCCAGAAAUUUUCUAAUGUGGACAACCUUCUCCUGAGAGAAGACCUUGGCAGAUCUAACAAGUAUGACAACAAUGUACAGAAAGGUUUUACCGCUGCAUACCCAACUCCAUCCUCCAUCCCUUAUAGAUGCAGGACGUCAAUAAUCCCAGAAUCAGAAAAAAAGGGAUUUAACAGCCAAGCCAGGAGAUUUUAUAGCAAAAAGGAUGACAUCCCGGGCCCUGGGUUCUACAAUGUCAUCCACCAGUCUCCAGUGUUCAACAGUGUCUCUCUUUCCAAGAGAGGAACCUGCACUUUUCCCUCCACGUGUGCCCGGCUGGGCCCCGUCAUUUCUAAAAAUCCUGCUGCAAAUGCAUAUACCAUCCGGUCAGAGUUGGCUUCCAAGAAGGACUUCAGCAAUUCCUGUUCCAGCAUGUUCCAGCUGCCGUGCUUCAUGAAAGUGGUCAAAUCUGAAACCCCUGGCCCAAACUAUUACAACGCCUCCGUCGCCUUCUGCAAACAGAGAAACAAUGUCUGCGCUCGAGCUGGGUUUCUAUCGAAAACGCCAAGAGGAUUCAUCCCCAAGACUGGAUCGGGAGUGCCAGCACCAGGGCAUUACAAUGUCAAUGAGUCCCUGGUAAAGCAGUCGCCAAGGUUCUUAAUGUCCUGCUUCAAAUCCAAAACUGGCCGUGGAUUAAAACCGAACUCAACAGGCCCAGGGCCUGGUUACUACAACCCGAACGAUCAAACCAAGAUUCUGAAAAAAGCUCAUCUCCCGAAAACUACGCUCCUGAACUUUUCCGCCCACCCUCUGCCUUUGCCCCCAAAGCCGCCUCUGCCUGGUCCUGGUCAGUAUGAGAUCGUGAACUACGAGGGACCCCCCAAGCACUUCAUCUCCAGUGCAUCGUUCGUGUCCAACACCAGCCGGUGGCCACUGAAGUCAUCCAAACCAAACUUUCCUGGCCCAGCCACAUACAAGCCAGAGAUUCCCGGGAAGCAGUCCUUCCUCUACAACGAGGACAACAAAUGGAUCCCUGCAGUCUAGUGAUACCACAAGAGCAGUGGGAGAGAGAGGCUCAGCCCACCAGGCCCCCUGACCCUGCUCCCCAGGAUGUCUUUCAACAGAACAUGCCUUUCCUCUGCAUCAUCCAGCCCAGGGUCACAUACUGUCUGGAGCUACCUUCUGGAGACUGGCCACCCCUGCCCCUCCCAUGAUGCCCCUCACUGCAAGCAGUGCUCCCUGGCUACCUCCGUGCCAGUCUCCAAGCUGGUUCUGGUGACUCUCCUUUCCAGAGAUAAGGACUCUUGGAAAUCUUGCAUCGACUCUAAUAUGGAGUCACAGUCUCCUGCCAAGGCAGCCUGUGGUAAAGUCAGCCAGGGUGCUGAGGCUCUGUCCUCUAGAUUGUCCUUGUCUUCUGGGUAGCAGGAAGGCUCGCUCAGAGGUGCCUGAAGCAGAGGCACAGGGAUGUUCCCUGGGCACUCCUGCCCUCAGCUAUGCCUGGUUAUUACACAGCAAGAACAUGGAAAGUAGUCAUGAAUCACUCACCACGCCAUGGACUUACAGUCAUCAGCAGACGAGGCAGAACCUCUAGCUGGAGCUAGAGGCCUGGAACCACAGUCCCCGGGGCAGGGAGGACCUCUGGGUCCCCUGUCUUCAUGUUCUCACUUCCCAAACCUUACCUCUGCCCAGUCUCUGUCGCCUUCCUGUCUUCCCACUCCGAUUCUGAGUAGGCGGCGGUUACUAAGUUGGAUGGUGUCCCUGACAGAUCAUGGCUUGCCUGCAAUGGCUAAAGAGAGCUGACCAAGAACCGAGAUGAAAUGUGCCCCUUCCCCCUCCCGCUCCUCCCACCCCUUCCAUCCUUUCCUGUCCCAGACAUUGACAAAUGUCCACUGCUUUCCUAAAUGGGAUCUUCAUAGGCUGCCCUUCCCUCCUCCAGCGCCCCCAUUUCCUUCCACAACGACUGCCUGGGCUCCUUUCUUCCCAAGGCCCCUUCCUUGACAUUUUCUGAGAACUCUGCCUCCUGGGCUUCCCAUCUGGACUGGCUGCCUGACUGGCUCUCUUCCUGGGGGUGGGGGGGGAGGACAUGAGAAAGAGGAUGGGGAGAGAUGAAGAAACAUGUUCAAUUAAAUGGAAUUCUUGCUUCUCACAGAAGCUGGGCUCUUUGUAAUCUUCAGAUUCCAGCAAGCCAGGGCUUUGGAAUGGUGAUUUAGCCUGGUGUACCCUGGGAAGCAUAAGGGAUUCUGAGCUUGG